GCCAUGAGUCAUCCGUUUGACGUUACCUAUAAAUGUCGCUCUCCCGCCAAGGCCUAGCUCGGCGUCAGAUCAGAACCAAAAAUUGAUUGUCUGGCACGCCGCCACAACUUCCUGCAUACAACACACAACCAUGACUGCGCCAUUGGCCACCCCCCAGCGUGUCGCCUGCACCUUGUUCUACAAAGCCCAUCCCGACCACCCCCCGGCAGGCGUCGUGCCCACCGAUGAUCUGAAAAACUACCCUCUCGAGCCUCCCACGCCGGGCCCCAACCCUCUCGACAACCUCUAUGGCGCUUACAUCUCCCAAAGCUGUCUUACCGACUUCUUCCUGACCCUGAGCAAUGCCUUGCCUGGCUUCCACGAAAACACCGUCGUCCAGAAAGCCCUCGACUCCGAGCGCUGGCCGCGCGUUAUGGAGAUUACCUUCGCUCUCCCUUCUCCCACGUCCCUGGAGGCUCUCCGCAAGGACGAGAUUGUCUCACGCUUUGAGCGUGAAUGGAGCGUCGAGGCCGUCUUUCAGCACGAGGGCGUAUACCGGCGACACAAGCGCCUUGCCGUCUUUGACAUGGAUUCGACUCUCAUUCAGCAAGAAGUCAUUGACGAGAUUGCCCGUCACAUUGGCGUUGAGGACGCUGUUUCUGCCAUCACGGCUGCUGCCAUGAAUGGGGAGCUUGAUUUCGAGGCUUCGCUCCGGAAACGCUGCGGUCUGCUUGCCGGUGUACCUGUCACCGUCUGGGAGAACAUCAGGAAGCUUAUCUCUCCUACGCCUGGAGCCGUGGAUCUAGUGCGCGCGUUGAAGAGAUUGGGUUACAAAACUGCGGUGUUAAGUGGUGGCUUUACUCCGGUCACAGGGUGGUUCGCCCAACAGUUGGGCCUUGACUAUGCUUUCGCCAACCAUCUUGUUGUCAGCGAAGACGGUCAGUCGUUGACGGGCGAGUUGACGGGAGAGAUUGUGCAUGCCGAGAGGAAGCGCCAGCACGUCCGUGAGAUUGCCGAGAAGGAGGGGAUACUGCUGGAGCAAGUUUUGGUCGUAGGUGAUGGCGCAAACGAUUUACCAAUGAUGGGCAUAGCCGGUCUUGGAGUAGCGUUCAAUGCGAAGGCAAGGGUUCAAAUGGAAGCCCCUGCACGUCUGAACCAGGAGAGCCUUCUUAAUGUGCUAUACUUGCUUGGUAUUACCAAGGCGGAGCAAGAUGAAUUGCUAAAACAAUAGUCUCCGGUUUUUCUUUAUAGGCUAUGAUGUAUCAGUAGAGUACAAGCAAUCGCUUAGUAGGUAGAUAGAAGAAAGUAAGAGUUAGAUUAGACCUUAAAACCC